CUGGUUAGGUUGCACAAUCGCCUCGUUCUCGCUGAUGAGCCGCGAAAUUUUAUCUUCAACCGACUCAAGGCUGUCGUUGCACACGGUGGCAGCACUACUAGGUGCUCCAGGGAAGCCAGUUCGUUGAUGCUGAACAUGUUGUAUACGAGUACCAGUCGCCAUCCGACAAUUCUAAAGAAUGUGCCAGUAAAAAGUGAAAAAAAUGAUCUGAGAUUACAAGUACAGAUUAGGUUAUGCAGCAGGAGGUGCCACUGA